AUGGAGCCGGCCAGCGGGAGUGUGAAGAAGAUGGACAAGAAGGCCCUGGAGGGGAUCGAUGCCCGCACCGAGAGCACGAAAGUGCCGGAUGAUGACAUGGAAGAGCUGGCGGAUGGCCCGCCUUCGGAGAAUGAAACAACCACCUCCACCAAGAGGUCCCAGAGCAAGCCGGAACAUGCAAGAGGCCCUCUGCGCGAGAGCAAACAGGCCAAGAAGGCCCUUGUUCACAAAGGGAUCCUCACAAAGGAGGAAGCAGAGAAGCUUUCUGCGGAGCAGGUCAUGGAAAUGGUGAAGAAGUACCGAAAGGGAAGCUCCAUGUUGUCGGAGGUCCUGCUCAAGCAGCUGGAGGAGAACAAGAAGGAGGACCUCCUGGCCAAGCUCUUCGGCGAGCACACGGAGACGCACGACAUGAAGGUGCCGGAGAUCACGGACCAGCAGGUCCGGGAGGCCGACAAGGUCCUGCUCGCCGCCCAGGAGAAGUGCCCGUUCUGCAAGAAGGUGAAAUCCUCGCUUCUUCGAGUGAGGCGCGGGCUCAAGGAGCUCUGCCUGGAGAAGGCCCUGGAGUACUGGGGCGAUGUGGAGCGGCUGCCCACGUUGGUGAAGUCGAUGCGCCAGAAGAAGCCCGUGCAGGUGAAGUACGGCAAGCCUCAAGAUGACGAGUAUGAGGACAUGGUGGGCAUCCUGUCCACGGGGACCAUCCUCAUCAUUUGCUGGUAUCAGAUUUUCCAGGAUGGCUUCUGGGUCUGGGUGAUGACCAUCGAAGAGGUGGACGCCUGA